AUGUCGAAUCCUCUCGUUGCUUGGGCGCUUCCCAAGCUCUCCAACUUCCUUCCCUUGGAUGAGGAGUCUCUGAAGCAAAUAAUCACAUACUCCGCCGGAUUAUCCAGGGAAGAAAGCGCCGAACAUUUGAAGAAUCUCCUCGGAGACGCCCCACCAGUUCUCGAAUUCAUCUCAUCAUUCAACUCACGACGAACUGACAGUGGCAUAUCUACACCUCAAUCUGGCACAUCUACACCGCGCACGGCUCGCGAAGAUAGCGGCCCGGCUGAACGAAAUCAAGCGAAGAAAAAUAAACGAACCAAGGCACCAUUACACAAUGCCGGACCUCCGCGGCGACCAGAGAAUUACGGAAAUGUCUCCGGUGGAUAUAAGAAGUCUGAUUUAGAGCAGGAUUAUAUGACUGCAUCAAGUAGACCUAAUUCACUGCAACCGGACCUGGGACCUGGAUAUGGCUCGUCUUCAGCGAACUCGCGGAAUCCAUCACCCGCCCCGAAAAGCAAUAAUAUCAAAGCACCACCGUCGGCAGCAGGUCCUCUGAUAUCGGAUUACUUGCCUAAUGUGAAAUCAAAGACAAGCAAAGCUCAUCGACCGGCUGGUUCUGGUUCUGGCUCUGGACAUUCAACGCCUGGCAAAGGGUCUGUAACGACAACAAACAUUGCAGAUCUGACCUCUGCAAUUGCAGCUUUGGAGGUAUCUACAAAUCCGACAUCUACCAAAAAAAGGCAAAAGUGCGAUUGCAACGCGUCCAUACAUCCAUUGUUCACACCUGCGCCGAACUGUCUCAGCUGCGGGAAGAUUAUAUGCUCUCUCGAGGGCCUACAACCAUGUUCCUUUUGUGGCGCACAAUUAUUGUCGAGCCAGGAAAUCCAGAGCAUGAUUAAAGAACUUCGUGCUGAACGAGGGCAGGAAAAGAUGAGAGCUCAUAACGAAGGUGUGCAUCAUGCAGGAGGUCCUGGUAUAUCUGACAGUGGGCCACCAAGCAAGCUCGACGCCGCCGUCGCUCACAGAAACAAGCUACUCGCUUUCCAAGCACAAAACGCCCAGCGUACGCGCGUGGUAGAUGAAGCCGCGGAUUUUGAAACGCCCAAUAUUGGAUCUACGCAAUGGAUGAGUCCAGCACAGCGAGCACUAGCCUUGAAAAAACAGCAAAAGAUUCUACGAGAAAUGGAAGAGAAAGCGAAACCAGAGUGGGAGAAGAAACAAACGGUUCUCAGUCUGGAUAUAAAGAGUGGUCGAGUCGUGCGUUCGUAUCAUACCGCUCCUUCGGCGGCUGUUACUCCGGAUGAGGAGGAGAAAGAAAUCGACGAAGCGGCGAUGAUUGAUACUCGAAACGAGACUGGGAGUACGGGUGCAGCGUUUAGUAAAAAUCCUUUACUUGCGAGUGGUGGUCUAAUGCGGCCGAUAUGGAAAGCUACGACGGAUGGUGAAGCCGGUGGAGAGAAAAAUAAGGAAGUGAGACGAACAUGGCGUCGAGUGCAGGAUGACAAUGAUGACAAUGAGCAAUGGAUAUUAGAUGGUGGUGCUCAUGGGUAUAGCAAUGAUAGCGGUGCUUGA